CCACAUAGUCUUCAUGUGGACAGUAACAUAACAAUUUAUAAUGGUUAUAUUAGAUUAGUGAUUGUUAGAGUAUAUUGUUAAUUAAUUGGUAAGAACAAUGGCUUCCUUGGUUGCGGAUUAUGGAACCUCCUCAAGUUCAGAGAGUAGUAGUGGCGAUAUUUCGGAUAGUGCUGAUAACACUUUUAAGGAAGAUGAAGAAGAGGAUAAUGAAGAGGAAAAGAAUGAUGAAAAUGAAGGAGCAACGGAUACAGCAGCUUCCAAAGAAAAACUUCCAUUACCAACUCCAGAUUUUAAUAGCACACCUGUUAUGAAAACUUCAGUCUUCUCAAAUCCGUUUGUUGAAGCAGAAAAAGCUAAAAGUGCUAUUCUAGAGAAACAUGUAAAAAUGACUCCGACAUUAGAUGAUACAAAAAUGAUAAAUGGUCGAAAGAUAUGUUGGAAUUAUAGGAAAGGUAGAUGCAGGUUUGGUCAUAAUUGUACCUUUGCACAUGAUUCAGAUUUACACCGUACAGCGGCUGAGCUAGAAGCAAUUCGAAUACCGCAAGAAACAGUUAUCUGUCAGACUCAGUAUAAUGGUCAGGUUUCCAUAAAUGACGAUGAUGAGGUGGAUCAAGAAAAUAAUCAAAUGAAUAAACGUAAGAAAAGGCCAGGAUUGAGUCAGUCUUUAAUACCUAGUAAGAAAGUCUUGAAAAUGUACAAAUCACAACAAACUAAAGCCAUUAGUAGAUAAAUGCAGAUAGUAACAUAUGAUUAGCUGCUCUAAAAGAAAAGAUUUAUGAUUUAUAAAUUCAUAAUUCAAUGAAUUUGUAAAAAUGAUAUUGAUUAUAUAACUUCCAUGAAAAUCAGAAAGUAUAAAUUUCUUUCUGAAUAAAAAGAUAGUGUAAGACACUGAUUGCUUCAUUCUCUAUUGAAAAAUGUCAUAAGGUAUAUAAAACAAAUAUAUGCUUCCAGCAAAAGAUACACUUAUGACACAUAUAUUAUAUAUAAUACCUAUUUCAGAAUCAAUUGAAAGUUUAGGAAUUAUUUAAAUACUAUUCAAUAUUUAUAGAAAAUUAUUUGUUAUGUAUAUAACAAUUAGAGUUUACUUGUAUAAUUAAUACUUCCAGGGACCUGCAGACAUGAAUCAUAAUUCAUUAUGUUUUGUAUGCAAACAAUUUUAUAAACAUUUCUAUUUAUAUUUAAUAUUUCUAGUUGAUCUACAAGAAUCGAAAUAGUCUUCUUAUAUUUUGCCAGACAACUUGAUUAUCUACGUUUCUUUUGCUUUCUUCUUACCGAAAAGAGAUAGCUAUUUAAAGGUUUUCUGUAUCAGAAUUCUAAGAUUUUAGAUUAUACAUAAGGAUAAUAUUGUAUUUAAAUCGUAUAAGUAUCACUCCAGCUUUAAUAAAAAAUUUUUAGAUAUUGUUUAAUGUACAAAGUAAAAAUUAUUGCUUGUGUAAAAGUACUAUAUGUAAAAAAAAAAAAAUUAUGUAACUUAUGUACAAUAUUGUUAACACUUCUCCUUGAUAAAGCUGUUUAGUAUCUAAAUUAGGUACUGAAAACAACAUGUAAUAAUCGUGGUAUACCAAAAACAACAAUUACGCUUCCACCAUGCAUUAUACCUUUUUACAUAAUGUUAUAGAUAUAAAAGAGAACUUACUUGUUUCUGCAUAGAAGGAAAUAUGUGUUUGUCAGGUUUACUUUUAUUAAUGUGUAAUAUCAUGUAUCUUCCUUUUUAUGCGAUCCAAUUACUUAAGUAUUCUUUAUUAGUAAAAAGCUUUUUUUAAUUCUAUAUAUGUAACAUAUAUAACUUUUGUAUACACGCUAUUUCAUUAAAUUAUUAAGAAAUACUAUUUCAACUUCUUCAGUACCC